AUGAGUUCAGCUUUACCGCACAACAAGAAGCCUCGCAAGCAGUAUGUCUUGGGUGACUUUGUCAAAUAUGCCACUGGCAUAUUUGCGGCUCACUUCGUCGCCAUCUCCGACAUGGGUAUCUACGAGUUCGCAGAGAAGCAAUACACGGACGAAAAGCAACAAUUACAAACUUGUCAUAUGGUCCUUGUGGGACACUAUGCUCGCAAGAGUGGUGGUCCUCCAGUCUGGGCACAAGCGACAGGUGACGGUAUACGGUAUCAUAAAGGUACCGGCUUUUUAGUGGAGCCGCUCAUUUUGGACAUUCAUUGCGGAAAAGUCUACUACGACCCUCCAUUCAGCUACAUUGGCGGUACGAUCAAGAAUAGUGAUACUCCACGCGGUAUGACGCAGGAACGAAAAUUUCAGCGAGCAGUGGUUGAAUCUGCCAUUCACUUCGUCUUCCUCUUGAGCGGGAGAUUGAACCAAACCUUAGAUAUCACAAACCUGGAUUUGCUUGGUCAUUUCAAGAUUGCUCUCGUAAAUCUUUUACAGAAUCGGAAGGCUCACGAAGCGGCUGACCGUACUCCAACCAAAAGAUCCCCAACACGCGUUGAAGAGACAGCCAUCACUAAGAACGAAGCGCGUCCUUUCAAAGUUAGUGAGACGAAUUAUAGGAAUCUUACAUUUCAAAUCAUACGAAGGCCUCUGCCACCUAUUAUUGAGGCUUCACUAAACCGUAGAGUUAUCGAUUUAACGCGCGAUGUUCCCGGAUCUUCGCCUCAAGCAUUCAAUGAGCGUGUACUUCUCGAGCAACAAGUGCGAGAUCUCAAAGCGAAACUCGAAGAAGAAAAGACGAAGACAAAUGCACUUGAAGCGAGGCUAGUUCGAGAGAAAGCCAGACGGCAGAGAUUACGAGAUCAGCGCGGAAGAUGGACUAUACAGAGACAAGCCUUGAAGGCGAAGGUUUCUGCAAAAAGACAGCGAUUAGCACAGUACGAAGCGACCGCACUGGAGCAUCGGCUUCAAAUUGCAGCGAUGAAGGAAGAGCUUGCGCGUGAGAAGGAAGAGCUUGGGUGUGAGAAGAAAGCGAGGAUGUUCUGGGAGCACAAGCACAACAGCUUGCCAAGAAUGCUGCUUGACCGUAGCCGACUUUCGAUUGCUUCAGGGUCUCCAAAUGAUCAGGAGUCAAGUGUGGCGUUGGUCAGAACAUCAGAUGCAGGAGUACGCAGUGGCCCAUUCGGUUCCGGCCGUUCUCGACCGUUGUGA